AUGAGGAGCAGAACAAAGUCUAUCUACGGUGUUGAGGAACUCCAAGAUCCUCAAGAAUCUUAUAGAGAAUACCGUCAGCGACAAAGAAGGGGAGAAAGCAACGGUGCUGAUGGCGAGUCAGUCUGGGAUGACGAGGUUGAGGAAGCUUUCUUCGAAGCUCUCGAACUUUUCCCUCCACAGGGCCGCAGAAAGCUUACCGUUGACGGCAAGCCAUGCGGCAGGAACGAACUGAUCUCCAAAUACAUAUUCAUGAAGACUGGUAAGGAGAGAAAGAGAAAGCAGGUCUCCAGUCACAUCCAGGUGUUGAAAGGUCUCUUGAAGCAUGACCCAAACUUUAUGCGCCUUGUCGUAGCCGAAGACCAAGACACUAUUGACCGAACCUUUGACGAGAAGACUUUGAGCCAGCUUGCUAUCCUUUCUGAUUCAAGCUUGCCGUCGUCUCAGCAAAAGUACAAGAGAUAUUCCAGCUCGACUAUUGCGAGCAGCUCGGCCUCUCCAACUGCGUACAGACCACCUAGCCAAAUCUAUGACAGCUAUCACACAUCUUCUCCAACUAACAGUCUUACAUCCAGCAACAAGUCACUCAUCAAGCCAUACAGCCUUGAGAUGUGGUUGGGUCAAGACUCUAUGGAUAAGACCAACUACUCUAGGCAGCAUCUUCACGACUAUACCAAGCUGUACAAUCACGAAUAUGGCCUCAACCCCACAGUGCUAUCUAGCAUCCCAAGAUGGGAAAACAAGUUCCCAUACAUUUCUAAGCUUGCAUCUGAGGGACAGCUCAGGUGCCCUGUUGUCCACAUCUCUAGCUCUCUGCGGACCAUGACACAGAGGCCCGACAAUAUGGUUUUCUGGGCACCCUUCGAGGCGAGCUUCUGCAAUGAAACAUAUUAUGACCACGGCUUUACGGUCAUUACCAGGUUCUAUGUGUCUGGAAGCAGACUUUCAUCCAUCCAAGAGGUCGAAGAGCCCGCCUUGAUUGUCACUGACCCUCAGACCGGCGCUAAGAGGGUCAAGAUGUCCCUUAACCCGAAUUUCUGGUCCAUGUAUUUCAACAACCUUGUCAACGAAUUAAUGGAGCCACUCGGGGCCGGCGAGGAUCCAGAACAUGAGAUGAGAAGGCGGGAAAAGAAUUCCGCAGAUGUCAUCGGCAACUUGACCAUGAUUCAGGAAAUCUUCACUUGGAGAUCGACAGACCUAGAAGUCGCCAUUUCGGAAAAUAAAUUGGCAACCGGAGCUCAUGAUUACGCUAAGCAAAGAGCUGCCUUGUUUAUCUGGGACUUUACCAAGGCCGAACGUGAAGAGGCCGGAGUUACUUAUUGGAGACCAGUCGUGGUCGAUGAGACACUCAGGCACGAUUAUGGCUACAACAGGCAUUCUUUCGAUACCCGCCAGCUUCCAAGCUACACCCCAGCUAUCGGACAGUGGUCCAACAGCUCCCCAGUCGAUAAUUAUGCGCCAUCAUACCACCAGUCCACCCCACCACUAGGUUACCCGCAGACUCCAUACGAUGAGCCGAAUUUCCCUCAAAAUUUCCCGGAUAUGUCUAUGCAGUCCACAGUUCGAUACUCCCUUGGCCAGCAAGACCAGCCCCAAAGCAAGCCAGGCGUUGAAGAUCUUGGUGUUGACUACUUCCAAAAUUACGAUCAACUGCCUCCUUUCUCAUAUGCCACGGUUGCAGAGCAUCCAGAACUUCUUUCACAGUGGCCCCAACUUCCCGUCCUAGCUGGCGAGGAACACCUCGAAGGUGGGAUGGGCAAUAUGCAGUAA